AUGCCGAUCUGUCUCACCUUCAUCAACUUAAAGAAGGACUUCGACUCAGUUGAGGCGGAAGCGGUCGUGGAAGCCUUGGACAACCAGGGCGUCCCUACUCAGUACAUAAAGGUACUUCGAGAGUUGUACAAUAACUUCACGACCGGAAUUUCGCCAUUCUACAAGAACAUUAUCACUGACGUGAAGAGGGGGGUCCGACAGGGUGACACAAUCUCACUUAAAAUAUUCACAGCCACCCUCGAGAACGCAAUGCGAAAGUUGGAAUGGGACGACAUGGGAGUGAAGGUUGAUCGUCGGCAGCUACAACAUUUGCGCUUUGCUGAUGACAUCGUACUGAUAACACCUAGCAUCAGUCAUGCGGAACGAAUGCUGACCGAAUUCGACGAAAAAUGUGGAUGCAUGGGUCUUCAGCGGAACCUACAAAAAACAAUGUUCAUGCGGAGCGGAUGGGUCUCGGAUGCCCCAUUCGCGCUCAACGGAACGAACAUAUCCGAAUGCACCAGCUACGUUUAUCUGGGUCGGGAAGUGAACAUGAUGAACGACCUGACCCCCGAGCUGGGCAGGAGGAGACGAGCGGCUUGGGGAGCGUACAAGAGCAUCGAGGAUGUAGUGAAGAAGACCAGGAACACCCGGCUCCGUGCUCACCUCUUCAACACCACCGUACUUCCUGCUUUGACCUAUGCUUCGGAAACCUGA